GCCCUUGUUUGCAGGACUUGGAUCAUGAAGAUACUAUCUAGUCCCUGCACCAAUCCUCGGUAGUACUAAAAGUUGCGAAGGAGUCUCGAGCUCCAAAAUGACCAACACUGAACCAGACACGGAAAGGAGACCGCUGUUGGCCGACUCCAGAGGACACCCAUCAGGAAGGCCAUUAUCAGACUCCAAGAGAGUAGAUGUAGGACUAUCGACUCUACGAGGCUCCCUCAUCGGCCUGUCCGUAUGGAUUCUCAUCUUCGUUCUGACAAACAAUGUCUCGCUCAUCACCACCAUUCAAUCACCCAUCGCAAUUGCACUGGGCGCAUCGUCUGAAGUGAGCUGGUUUACAUCGGCAUACCUUAUCGCCAUCACGAGCAUCACGCCCGUCGCCGGCCGUUUGUGCGCCAUAUUCACACCGCGUGUCUACCUCCUGGCUUCGAUCGUCGUGCAAGCAUGCGGUCUAUUGCUCACUUCGCAAGCCAGAUCGCUGGGCACGUUCCUCGUCGGCCGCGUUGUCACGGGCAUAGGGAGCGCCGCCGUGACGCCCGUGGCAUUUAUUCUGGUCACGGAAUUGACCAGCCCGCGCAGACGGGGCCUGUUCUUCGGGUGCAUCAACACGGGUUACACAUCUGGCGUGGCCUGUGGGGCCAUCAUCGCCGGCGCCCUCGAACCACUCGUCGGCUGGCGCGCCGUCUUCUGGCUGCAGAUCCCAUUUACCCUCUGUGCGGCGCUGCUCGCGUUCUUUUCGAUCCCGCCGCCGCCGCGCGAAGCCGUGGUGUCUGGACACACUGCCACUGGAUAUGGACAGCAAUCGUUGGCCAAGAAACUUUCGCAAAUCGACUACUUCGGCGUCAUCACCAUUAUAGGAGCCGUCGUGCUACUACUGUACAGCCUCUCCUCGCCACAAGUCCAAGUCACACCGAUCAUCCUGUCCCUCGCGUCACUCGUCCUCUUCGUGCUGGUCGAAGCACACUGGGCAAAACAACCCAUCGUGCCGGUCUCCGUGCUCAAAUCACGUGGGAACAUCCUUACCGGGGUCGCGACCGUCGGGGUCAUGACUGCCCGCUGGGGCGUCUUGUUCUACACGCCAACUUACGUGCUCACGUUGCGCGGCUGGUCCCAGGCCAGCGCCGGGUUGACCCUGAUCCCAACGAAUCUGGGCUUCGGAGUGGGGGGGCUGCUGGCCGGGUGGCUGCAUAUCCGACGGACGGGAUCAUUUUAUGUGUCUUGUAUCGUCACAUUUGGUCUCUUUGCGCUGUCCAUGUUAGCGGUGUCGUGGAUCUCGACCCCCCACUCCAACAUUUACAUAUAUAUCGCUGUGCUGUUUCUGAACGGAUUCAUUGUUGGCUCGUUGCUGAACUACUCGCUGGCUCAUGUGUUGCACUUGACGACUCCGGCGACGCAUAUCAUUGUCAUACCAUUGAAUGCGAUGUUCCGCAGUCUCUCGGGGUCAUUCGGAUCGUCGGUGUCCGGCGGGUUGUUUCUGAGGACGCUGUCGAGGACACUGAGCGAGGAGUUUGCAAGAAGAGGCAUCACGGGGAAGUCGCCACUGAUUAGACAGUUGGUUGGGACGCCGAUACUGGUGCAGAGGCUGACGGGCGUGGAUAGAGAGGUCGCUGUGAUUGGGUAUGAGACGGCGCUGAAGACCAUGUAUCUUGUUGGCGGAUUCUUCGCCCUAGGCAUGUUAGUGGUUCAAGCAGGUGUUGGGUGGACAGCUCCAGAGGUGGUCAAGGGCGAGGAGGAUGCCGAUGCGGAGGGCACAGACGAAAGGAUCUCGAGAGAUGUGCUUUCGCCAGUUGUAUCAAGAGAGCCGGUGGCUAGCUAGUAUCAAUGACGGCAGAUGGGAUGUGCUGUUGAGUAUCUGCACUGAAUUGGCGAGGCAACGGCAUUUCAAGAUGGCGCUACUUGUACAACCUAGCAUUGGGAACAUAACGGCAGACAUAGAGCGAG